GGUGUGACAACUAACUUGAUCUUCACAAGCCAGUCUGUGGUCCCUAACGUUAUAAAUGUAGAGGACUCCCUCAAGACGUCCAUCAACACGUUCACAGUCUUCUUAGAUGUUAUUACUGGCAGUAUCAAAGCUGAACUCCAGAAUAAUGCGACUGCUACUAUGACUACCAACACAAUGACAGUUGCUCCCACAAUUACCACAUGUUCCCACACAACAACCACUGCAACUGCUACAACAACCACAGCCACUACAACAACAACCACAUCUGCUCCCCAAACAACAACAGAUGAUCCAACAACAAGCACAGCCACACCAAUGCCAUCUACAGCUGUGGCUAUGAAAAGUACAGCUGUGGCAACAACAAUCACAGCUGCAAACGAAACAACCACAUCGGCAUCAAUGACAACCACAGCCAUAGCUCCGACAACCACAGAAACAGCUCCAACAACAACAGUUGUACUCACAACAACCACAGCUGCUCCCACAACAACCAUAGCUGCUCCAACACCAACCACAGCUUUCCCCAUGACAACCACAGUUGCUGCUACUACAACAACAGCUGCGGAUUCAACAACCACAGAUGCACCCACAACAAUCCAAAAAAUGUUGACAACAACUACAGCAGCUCCCAGAACCACCACAGCUUCCCCUACAACAACCACAGCUGUACUCACAACAACCACAGCAUCUACCACAAAAACCACAGUAACUGCUGCUACGACAACUACAGAUUUGGCUACAAAAACAACACUUUCUCCAACAAAAACCACAGCAGCACCAACAACGACUACAGCUGCUCACACAACAACCACACUGCAGACACAAGAGGAAGAGCUGUACCCUCAAAAACCACAGCGGCACCCAGAUCAUCAUAAGCUGAAACAUCAACAACAGAAGGGGCAACAACACCCUAAACCAUGCGAACAACCAACAACCACAGUCGUCCCCACAAAAACCACAGCUGCUCCAACAACAACCACAGCUGCUUCUGUUACGACAACUAAAACUGUGGCUUCAACAACAACAGUCAUCCAAACAACAACAACAACAGAUGUUCCCCCAACAACCACAGCUUCCCCAACAACAACCAUAGCUGCUGCUACGACAACAACAGCUGCAGCUACAACAACCAAAGCCAUCCCCACAACCACAGAUGCUCCCGGAACAUACACGUCUACAACGACAACCACAGCCGCAGCACCGACAACCACAGCCAGCCCCACAUCAACCACAGCUUCCCCCACAUCAAACACAGAUGCUGCUACGACAACAACAGCCGUCCAGCCAAUAUCCACAGCUGUUCCCACAACAACCACAGCUUCCCCCACAACAACCAUAGCUGCUGCUACGACAACAACAGCUACAACAACCAAAGCCAUCCCCACAACAACAGAUGCUCCAGGAACAACCACAGAUGCUCCCGGAACAACCACAUCUACAACGACAACCACAGCCGCAGCUCCGACAAGCACAGCAUGCCCCACAUCAACCAAAGCUUCCCCCGCAUCAAACACAGAUGCUACUAAGACAACAACAGCAGCCCGCCCAACAUCCACAGCUGUCCCCACAACAACUACAGCUUCCCCCACAACAAUCAUAGCUGCUGCUACGACAACAACAGCUACAACAACCAAAGCCAUCCCUACAACCACAGAUGCUCCCGGAACAACCACGUCUACAACGACAACCACAUCCGCAGCUCCGACAACCACAGCCAGCUCCACAUCAACCACAGCUUCUGCCACAUCAAACACAGAUGCUGCUACGACAACAACAGCCGUCCAGCCAAUAUCCACAGCUGUUCCCACAACAACCACAGCUUCCCCCACAACAACCAUAGCUGCUGCUACGACAACAACAGCUACAAUAACCAAAGCCACCCCCACAACCACAGAUGCUCCCGGAACAACCACGUCUACAAUGACAACCACAUCCGCAGCUCCGACAACCACAGCCAGCCCCACAUUACCCACAGCUUCCCCCACAUCAAACACAGAUGCUGCUAAAACAACAACAGCUACAACAACCAAAGCCAUCCCCACAACCACAGAUGCUCUCGGAACAACUACGUCUACAAUGACAACCACAGCCACAGCUCCGACAACCACAGCCAUUCCCACAUCAACCACAGCUUCCCCCACAUCAAACACAGAUGCUGCUACGACAACAACAGCCGGCCCCACAACAUCCACAGCUGUUCGUACAACAACCGUAGCUACCCCCACAACAACCACAGCUGCCGCCACAACAACCACAGCUUUUUACACAACAACUACAGCUUCACCAAUGAUAACCACAGCUGUAACAAUGAUAACUCCAGCUUCUGCUACAACAACAACACCUGUUGCUCCAACAACUACUGUUGCCCCAACCAGUGAUUCCACUGACCCUCCAACAGCAAAUGAAGGUGUACUUAUUCUGCAUUUCCGGCUGAAUCGUACAUUUUUGGAAGACUACAAAAGUCCACAGUCCAAUGAGUACCUUAAUUUGGCUUCAAAUCUGACAUCUGAGUUGAAUCAAGGAUUCAAAAGAAUAUAUCCUGUAAUCUUCCUCAGAUGCAUCAUCAUCAGUUUCUGGUCUGGUUCUGUAGGUGUGACAACUAACUUGAUCUUCACAAGCCAGUCUGUGGUCCCUGACGUUACAAAUGUAGAGGUCUCCCUCAAGAUUUCCAUCGACACGUUCACAGUCUUCUUAAAUGUUAUUAUUGGCAGUAUCAAAGCUGAACUCCAGCAAAGCACGACUGCUACUACGCCUACCAACACAACGACAGCUAAUCCCACAAUUGCCACAGCUUACCACACAACAACCACAGCGGCUUCUACAACAACCACAUCCAUGGCAACAACAACCACAGCUGCUCCCCAAACAACCACAUAUGUUUCAACAACAACUACAGCCACACCAAUGACAUCUACAGCUGUGGCUCUGAAAAGUACAGUUGUGGCUACAACAAUCACAGCUGCAAUCGAAACAACCACAUCUGCAUCAAUGACAACCACAGCCGUAGCCACAAAAACCAUAGCCACAGCUCCAACAACCACAGUUGCCACCACAACAACCCCAGCUGCUCCCACAACAACCACAGAUGCACCCACAACAACCUCAUAUUUAAUAACAACAACUACAGCAUUUCCAACAACCACAAUAGCCUCCUCUUACACAACCACAGCUGAUCCAACAACAACCACAGCUUUCCCCACGACAACCACAGUUGCUGCUACUUCAACAACAGCUUUGGAUACAAAAACAACCAUUUCUCCAUCAAAAACCUCAGCUUCUGCAAGAACAACCAAAGCGAUUCACACAACAACCGAAUCCCUGCCCACAACAACCACAUCCCUGCCCACAACAACCACAGCUCCAGCUACAACAUCUGAAGCCCUUCCCACAACAACUGAACCACUGCCCACAACAACCGCAGUGAAUCCAACAAAAAUCACAGAUUCACCGACAAAAAACACAUCUGCUCCCACCACUACAGCAGCUCCCACAACCAUAAUAGCUUCCAUUAGUACAAACACAGCUGCUCCCACAACAACCACAUAUGCACCAACCACAACCACAGCAUCUCCAAUAACAUCUACAGCAGAGGCUUCAAAAAGUACAGCUGAGGCCACAAAAAACACAAUUGCACCAACAACAACCACAUCAUCUUCCACAACAACCACAGCUGCUCCCACAACAACAACUGCUGUUGCUACAUCAACAAAAGCUGCAGAAACAACAACCGACGUUCUGCCCACAACUACAUCUGCUCUGACUACAGUCACAGAUUCACCCACAACAACUACAAUUGCUCCCACAACCACAGCUGCUCCCACAACAACCAAACCCCUGUCCACUACAACUAGAGCUCCUGCUACAACAUCCGAAGCCCUUCCCACAACAACUGAACCCCUGCCCACAACAACCACAGCUCCUGCUACGACAUCUGAAGACCUUCCCACAACAACUGAACCACUGCCCACAACAACCACAUCUGCUCCCACCACUACAGCAGCUCCCACAACCAUAAUAGCUUACAUUACUACAAGCACAGCUUCCCCCAAAACAACCACAGCAACAUUAAUGACAUCUACAGCAGCAGCUAUGACAAGUACAGCUGUAGCUACAACCACUACAGAUGCACUCACAACAACCACAACCACAGCUGCUCCCAUUAUAAACACAGCUGCUCCCACAACAACCACAUCUGCACCACCUACAACCACAGCAUCUCCAAUAACAUCUACAGCAGAGGCUUCAACAAGUACAGCUGAGGCCACAAAAACUACAAUUGCACCAACAACAACCACAACUGAACCACUGCCCACAACAACCACAUCUGCUCCCACCACUACAGCAGCUCCCACAACGAUAAUAGCUUCCAUUACUACAAGCACAGCUUCCCCCAAAACAACCACAGCAACAUUAAUGACAUCUACAGCAGCAGCUAUGACAAGUACAGCUGAAGCUACAACCACUACAGAUGCACUCACAACAGCUGUGGCUUCAACAACCACAGAUGCACCCACAACAAUCCAAAAAAUGUUGACAACAACUACAGAAGCUCCCAGAACCACCACAGCUUCCCCUACAACAACCACAGCAGUACUCACAACAACCACAGCAUCUACCACAAAAACCACAGUAACCGCUGCUACGACAACUACAGAUUUGGCUACAAAAACAACACUUUCUCCAACAAAAACCACAGCAGCACCAACACCGACUACAACUGCUCACACAACAACCACACUGCAGACACAAGAAGAAGAGCUGCACCCUCAAAAACCACAGCGGCACCCAGAUCAUCAUAAGCUGAAACAUCAACAACAGAAGGGGCAACAACACCCUAAACCAUGCGAACAACCAACAACCACAGUCGUCCCCACAAAAACCACUGCUGCUAAAACAACAACCACAGCCGCUUCUGCUACGACAACUAAAACUGUGGCUUCAACAACAACAGCCAUCCAAACAACAACAACAACAGCUGUUCCCCCAACAACCACAGCUUCCCCAACAACAACCAUAGCUGCUGCUACAACAACAAUAGCUACAGCUACAACAACCAAAGCCAUCCCCACAACCACAGAUGCUCCCGGAACAUCCAUGUCUACAAUGACAACCACAGCCGCAGCACCGACAACCACAGCCAGCUCCACAUCAACCACAGCUUCUGCCACAUCAAACACAGAUGCUGCUACGACAACAACAGCCGUCCAGCCAAUAUCCACAGCUGUUCCCACAACAACCACAGCUUCCCCCACAACAACCAUAGCUGCUGCUACGACAACAACAGCUACAAUAACCAAAGCCACCCCCACAACCACAGAUGCUCCCGGAACAACCACGUCUACAAUGACAACCACAUCCGCAGCUCCGACAACCACAGCCAGCCCCACAUUACCCACAGCUUCCCCCACAUCAAACACAGAUGCUGCUAAAACAACAACAGCUACAACAACCAAAGCCAUCCCCACAACCACAGAUGCUCUCGGAACAACUACGUCUACAAUGACAACCACAGCCGCAGCUCCGACAACCACAGCCAUUCCCACAUCAACCACAGCUUCCCCCACAUCAAACACAGAUGCUGCUACGACAACAACAGCCGGCCCCACAACAUCCACAGCUGUUCGUACAACAACCGUAGCUACCCCCACAACAACCACAGCUGCCGCCACAACAACCACAGCUUUUUACACAACAACUACAGCUUCACCAAUGAUAACCACAGCUGUAACAAUGAUAACUCCAGCUUCUGCUACAACAACAACACCUGUUGCUCCAACAACUACUGUUGCCCCAACCAGUGAUUCCACUGACCCUCCAACAGCAAAUGAAGGUGUACUUAUUCUGCAUUUCCGGCUGAAUCGUACAUUUUUGGAAGACUACAAAAGUCCACAGUCCAAUGAGUACCUUAAUUUGGCUUCAAAUCUGACAUCUGAGUUGAAUCAAGGAUUCAAAAGAAUAUAUCCUGUAAUCUUCCUCAGAUGCAUCAUCAUCAGUUUCUGGUCUGGUUCUGUGGGUGUGACAACUAACUUGAUCUUCACAAGCCAGUCUGUGGUCCCUGACGUUACAAAUGUAGAGGUCUCCCUCAAGAUUUCCAUCGACACGUUCACAGUCUUCUUAAAUGUUAUUAUUGGCAGUAUCAAAGCUGAACUCCAGCAAAGCACGACUGCUACUACGCCUACCAACACAACGACAGCUAAUCCCACAAUUGCCACAGCUUACCACACAACAACCACAGCGGCUUCUACAACAACCACAUCCAUGGCAACAACAACCACAGCUGCUCCCCAAACAACCACAUAUGUUUCAACAACAACUACAGCCACACCAAUGACAUCUACAGCUGUGGCUCUGAAAAGUACAGCUGUGGCUACAACAAUCACAGCUGCAAUCGAAACAACCACAUCUGCAUCAAUGACAACCACAGCCGUAGCCACAAAAACCAUAGCCACAGCUCCAACAACCACAGUUGCCACCACAACAACCCCAGCUGCUCCCACAACAACCACAGAUGCACCCACAACAACCUCAUAUUUAAUAACAACAACUACAGCAUUUCCAACAACCACAAUAGCCUCCUCUUACACACCCACAGCUGAUCCAACAACAACCACAGCUUUCCCCACGACAACCACAGUUGCUGCUACUUCAACAACAGCUUUGGAUACAAAAACAACAAUUUCUCCAUCAAAAACCUCAGCUUCUGCAAGAACAACCAAAGCGAUUCACACAACAACCGAAUCCCUGCCCACAACAACCACAUCCCCGCCCACAACAACCACAGCUCCAGCUACAACAUCUGAAGCCCUUCCCACAACAACUGAACCACUGCCCACAACAACCGCAGUGAAUCCAACAAAAAUCACAGAUUCACCGACAAAAAACACAUCUGCUCCCACCACUACAGCAGCUCCCACAACCACAACCACAGCAUCUCCAAUAACACCUACAGCAGAGGCUUCAAAAAUUACAGCUGAGGCCACAAAAAACACAAUUGCACCAACAACAACCACAUCAUCUUCCACAACAACCACAGCUGCUCCCACAACAACAACUGCUGUUGCUACAUCAACAAAAGCUGCAGAAACAACAACCAACCUCCUGCCCACAACUACAUCUGCUCUGACUACAGUCACAGAUUCACCCACAACAACUACAAUUGCUCCCACAACCACAGCUGCUCCCACAACAACCAAACCCCUGUCCACUACAACUAGAGCUCCUGCUACAACAUCCGAAGCCCUUCCCACAACAACUGAACCCCUGCCCACAACAACCACAGCUCCUGCUACGACAUCUGAAGACCUUCCCACAACAACUGAACCACUGCCCACAACAACCACAUCUGCUCCCACCACUACAGCAGCUCCCACAACCAUAAUAGCUUACAUUACUACAAGCACAGCUUCCCCCAAAACAACCACAGCAACAUUAAUGACAUCUACAGCAGCAGCUAUGACAAGUACAGCUGUAGCUACAACCACUACAGAUGCACUCACAACAACCACAACCACAGCUGCUCCCAUUAUAAACACAGCUGCUCCCACAACAACCACAUCUGCACCACCUACAACCACAGCAUCUCCAAUAACAUCUACAGCAGAGGCUUCAACAAGUACAGCUGAGGCCACAAAAACUACAAUUGCACCAACAACAACCACAACUGAACCACUGCCCACAACAACCACAUCUGCUCCCACCACUACAGCAGCUCCCACAACGAUAAUAGCUUCCAUUACUACAAGCACAGCUUCCCCCAAAACAACCACAGCAACAUUAAUGACAUCUACAGCAGCAGCUAUGACAAGUACAGCUGAAGCUACAACCACUACAGAUGCACUCACAACAACCACAACCACAGCUGCUGCUACAACAAUAACAACAUCUACAGCAACAACAUCCAAAACCUCGCCCACAACAACCACAGCUGCUCCCACUACAAACACAGCUGCUCCCACAACAACCACAACUACACCAACCACAACCACAGCAUCUCCAAUAACAUCUACAGCAGAGGCUUCAACAAGUACAGCUGAGGCCACAAAAACUACAAUUGCACCAACAACAACCACAUCAUACUCCACAACAACAACAGCUGCUCCCACAACAACUGCUGAUGCUACAACAACAAAAGCUACAGCAACAACAACCAUUGUCAUGCCCACCACAACAACAUCUGCUCCAACUACAAUAACAGAUUUGCCCACAACAAACACAAUUGCUCCCACAACAGCAGCAGAUCCACCAACUAAAGUGUUUCCCACAACAACAGCUGCUCCCACAAAAACCAGAGCACCUGCUACAACAACCAAAGCCCUUCACACAACAACUGAACCCCUGCCCACAACAACUGAACCACUGCCCACAACAACCACAUCUGCUCCCACCACUACAGCAGCUCCCACAACCAUAAUAGCUUCCAUUACUACAAGCACAGCUUCCCCAAAAACAACCACAGCGACAUUAAUGACAUCUACAGCAGCAGCUUCAACAAGUACAGCUGUAGCUACAACCACUACAGAUGCACUCACAACAACAACAACAUCCGAAGACUUUCCCACAACAACUGAACCCCUGCCCACAACAACCACAGCUCCUGCUACAACAUCCGAAGACCUUCCCACAACAACUGAACCCCUGCCCACAACAACCACAGCUCCUGCUACAACAUCCGAACACAGUUUCCCCCAACACAACCACAGCAACACUAAUGACAUCUACAGCAGCAGCUAUGAUAAGUACAGCUGCAGCUACAACCACUACAGAUGCAGCCACAACAACCACUACCACAGCUGCUUCUACAACAAUAACAACAGCUACAGCAACAACACCCAAAACCUCGCCCACAACAACCACAUCUGCACCAACCACAACCACAGCAUCUCCAAUAACAUCUACAGCAGAGGCUUCAACAACAGUGCCAACAUCAACCACAGCAGCUCCCACUACACUCACAGCUUCACCAUCGACAACCACAGUUGCUGCAAAGACCACCAACACCCACCACACAACAACCAUAGUUUCAGCCACAACAACCACAGCUGCUGUAACUACCACAGCUACAGCUGCACCAACGUCAACUACAGCUGCUAA